CGGCGGGCGGGGGGUGCUCCCGCUCCGCGCUCCGGGUCCCUGUCUCGGGGCGGCGGCGGGGGAUGGAGCCGGCUCUCUCUGCCUUCGGCCGCUCAGCUGGUGCUGUCUUUGCUUUCUGCUUUCCAGAAAAUAGCAUUGUCCCUGUGUCCUGCAGCCAUCAAGAUUUUAAGACGACUGGUUUUUAGUCUUUGGUAACAUGGCAAAAGAUGCUGGACUAAUUGAAGCCAAUGGAGAGCUUAAGGUGUUUAUAGACCAAAACCUAAGUCCUGGAAAAGGGGUUGUUUCUCUAUUGGCUGUUCAUCCUUCUACAGUAAAUACAAUUGGAAAACAGCUCCUGCCAAAAACAUUUGGACAGUCUAAUGUCAACAUUGCACAACAAGUGGUUAUCGGUACACCUCAGAGACCUUCAGCACAGAACACCAUCCUGGUAGGAAGUCCACACACACCUAACACACAUUUUGCAUCACAGAACCAGACUGGAGAUUCUUCACCUUGGUCUGCUGGGAAGCGGAACAAAAAAGGCGAGAAGAAUGGCAAGGGUUUACGUCAUUUCUCUAUGAAGGUUUGUGAGAAGGUACAGAGAAAAGGAACCACCUCAUACAAUGAGGUGGCAGACGAGUUGGUUGCAGAAUUCACUACCACUGAUAAUCACAUUUCACCAAAUGAAUCACAGGCUUAUGACCAGAAGAAUAUUAGACGACGUGUCUAUGAUGCCUUAAAUGUCCUUAUGGCCAUGAACAUUAUCUCUAAGGAGAAAAAGGAAAUCAAAUGGAUUGGUCUACCUACUAACUCGGCUCAGGAAUGUCAGAAUUUGGAGGUGGAGAAACAGAGAAGAAUUGAAAGAAUAAAGCAAAAGCAGUCUCAGCUACAAGAACUCAUUCUACAGCAAAUUGCCUUUAAGAACCUGGUGCAGCGGAACCGUCAAGCAGAGCAGCAGGCAAACCGACCUCCCCCCUCCAAUUCUGUCAUCCAUCUGCCUUUUAUCAUUGUCAACACCAGCAAGAAGACAGUGAUCGACUGCAGUAUUUCAAAUGACAAGUUUGAAUAUCUAUUUAAUUUUGACAAUACGUUUGAAAUUCAUGAUGAUAUAGAAGUACUAAAACGAAUGGGAAUGGCUUGUGGGCUAGAAUCUGGAAGCUGUUCAGCAGAGGACCUAAAAAUUGCAAGGAGUUUGGUUCCUAAAGCUCUGCAACCAUAUGUGACAGAAAUGGCUCAGGGAUCAAUCAGCAGUGUAUAUGUCACAUCUUCAUCAGGUUCUGCAUCAAACGGCACAAGAUUUCCAGCCAGUGACUUUUCCAAUGGUGGAGAUGGAAUGUUGGCUACAAGUUCCAAUGGAUCUCAGUAUAGUGGCUCCAGAGUUGAAACACCAGUUUCUUAUGUUGGGGAUGACGAUGAUGAUGACGAUGAUUUUAAUGAAAAUGAUGAUGACGACUGAUGCCCUUUGCUUGUAGACUAUUUUUUUGUUAAAAUUCAGCAGGCUUCAGGAAUAAAUUGUUCUAGGGAGAAGUGUCUCAAAUUACUUUGCCCCAUCCCCCAAGGAGAAUAUUGGUAAGCAGUUCUGAGUUUAGAAAUUGCACCUCUGAUAAGCAAACAAGGAUUGUUUUAUGUAGGAUAUUUUUAAAUGUGGUGUGGAUGUGUGUUUUUGAUACCAGUGUGUUAAUGCAGAGCCUUUAUUUACUCUUGUUUUAGGGGUUUUUGGUUUGUUGGUUGUUUUUUGUUUGGGAUUUCUUUUUUACUUGAAGGAAAAAGAAUUUUGCCCCAAAUGUUCUUUCAAAGUUUGCUAAAGAAAAUGUAGACACAUCAUUGAGAAAUAAAAUACUAUCCUUCUGUGGAAAAUGAA